UUCAUUACAAUGCAAGCUUAAAGAGUAAUUUUUUAGUAAUUAGAGUUGAAUUAUUGGAAAUGGGUACUCUUGGAUGCUUGAGGCAUUGGCCUCAGGUGAUUUAUGCUAUAGUGUUUUGCCUCGUAGCCACUAAUGUGGUAGCUGAUAAGUUUUACUUCUUUGGUUUGCAACCAUUGGCCCAACAUGAAGACCACCAGCCCCACAAUCAUUUGCCACCUCCAUCUCACGACCAAGAACCCCACCCCCAAAGCUAUCACACAUCGCCACCGCCUGAAGUUUUUAAAACACUACCACCACUAAAAUUUCCACUACCUCCACUGCCAAAAUUUCCACUACCUCCAUUGCCAAAAUUUCCAAUACCUCCACCAAAAUCUUCACCACCACCACCACCGCCGCCUAAAUCUCCACAACCACCACAACCAAAAUCUCCACCAUCCCUACCCCCACCCCCACCCCCACCAAAAUCUCCACCACCACCAACACCAAAAUCUCCAUCACCUCCACCACCAAAAUCAUCACCACCGCCACGAACUCCCUCACUAUCCCCUCCACCACCAAAAUCUCCACCACCACCAACACUACCAUCUCCAUCUCCUCCACCACCAAAAUCAUCACCACCGUCACCAUCUCCAUCACCUCCACCACCAAAAUCAUCACCAACCGCCACCACUCCCUCACUAUCCCCUCCACCACCUCCAUCUCCAUCCACCUCACACACUCUCACCACCUCCACCACCAAAAUCCAUCAACCACCUCCACAUCCCUUCUAUCCCCCCACCACCUCCAUCCCACCACCCCCAAAAUCUCCACCACCACCACAACAAAAUCCCACCACAUCUCCAUCACCUCCACACCAAAAUCAUACACCGCCCACAAUCUCCACCACACCACCACUAACCACCAUCUCCAUCACCUCACCAAACUCCACCACCACCACCACCAAAAUCUCCAUCACCUCACCACCAAAAAUCAUCACUACCCCGCUUUCUACAGUUUCAAAUGGUGGGUCGGGUGGCUAUGGAGGUUCUGGUGGGAGAGGUGAAGGUAGUGGUGGUGGUGAUGGUGGUGCUGGCAGCAGUUUAUGUUGUUAA